AUGGCGAACCUUCGAAAUAUACCGGCACAGAUGCGCUCCAACGACUUUCCCUCAAAAGUAAUUCCAGCUCGGACAGAAUAUAUGUUCAACACGCCUUCUAACGUUUUCUUCCAAGAUAUUAGCCAUGCUACACCUCAGGGCGCACGGAGUCUCUUGACACUUCCCGCUGAGCUUCGAAACCGUAUCUACGAACUGGCACUGAGCACGGGCUCACAGUCCUGCUAUCAACGUCCACAGAAUAUCUCUCUGCAACUCGCGGCUAGCCACUCUACUCCUUUAAUGGCAUGUAUCAUGGAACGACCCGGUACCUCAAACGUUCGCGGCCCCCUGGAGCCUUUUGGUGCUCAACUAGUAGUCUUUACUAGCCAUAAGCAUGCAAAGGAGUUUGGCUCAUAUCGGCCGCGGAGCUUUAACCAGUUACAGUUCGUAAACAAGCAAUUGUACAACGAAACGAAAGGCCUGGAAUUCGAAUUCAACAACAUUGCUUUCACUGGCUCGCUCACAGCUAUGGACAACUUUACGCACAGGAUGCAAUCCUCUUUGAUGCCCUUUAUCACUUCAGUAACCCUGAUCUCCUUCCCUGACAAUCUCCUCUGGGAGCUCUGUUGGAGGGACCUCACAAUACUCGCGAGAGCUAGCCCAGGAAGAUGGACUUUCGACUCGUACAUCAAUUUUCUCAGCGACCUUGCCGCCUUCUGCAAGCAGAACCCCAAGAUCCAAGUGGACUACGCAAUUACCUGGCAUGGCAACCCUUACCAAUUAGGCGAAACCUUGUCCGACGUCGUCGACCGGAACCCCCACUCGCGCCCUCUCUGGAACUUCGUGAAACUUGGUGUACUCGCUAGUAUCGCGUUUGAUCCCCAGGGAAGUUUUGCACAGAGCGCUCCGGCUAAAACUUACAUCUGGAAUGACUGCUUCGUCCAGAAAGCGGUUUCAAUCGGACGGAUACUUGCCGACCGCGGCAUUUUCACCGACGUGAAGAAUCUUACGUUCUAUCAAUGCAACCCACAGUUGACGCGUGAGCACUAUGGCACGGGCGAGAUACCAAGCACAGCCUUAAUUGAGGAUGGAGAGGCCCAUGCCUUGCGGGGAUUGAGCAAGGAAGCAUGGGCCGCGCACGCUACGAACUGGCUUCAGAACGGGAUCCGUCCAUCCUAG